AUGGCAUCUGAGCAGAGCUACGACUUUAUCGUUGUCGGAAGUGGCCCAGCUGGGUGCGCGGUGGCCUCGCAAUUGGCGCAAUCAGCCAAGAAACCGAGCGUGCUCCUGCUGGAAGCCGGUGGUCCUAAUGACGACAAUUCACUACGCGUUGAUGGCAAGCGCUGGCAAACAUUCACGCAAGAAGGCAUGAAUUGGGGGUACAAGACAGUGGCCCAAAAGCACUUGAACGGGCGAGAAUUGGACUACUCUCGUGGAAAGGGUCUCGGAGGUAGCUCUGCCAUCAACUUCGGAGUGUACGCAGUCGGAGCCCGCGACGACUAUGAUGAAUGGGCAUCGGUCGUCGGCGAUGACACUUUUUCUUGGAAGAACAUCCAAACCCGGUUCAAGAAACUCGAGACCUUCAAUGGGACCUUUGAUGUCGCCGAGAACCAGAAAUAUGCCAGUCCCAAGGCCAGUGAUCACGGCACCGAGGGAGUCCUCGGUGUUGGAUAUGCGAAGGAAUGGGACCAGGAUCUGCCUUUGGUGCUGGAUGCCUUUGAACAGGCUGGCUUCCCUAAAAAUGAGGACCACAACUCGGGCAAUCCGAUUGGAAUGGGUCUUUGCAUCAACUCUUGUCGCAAUGGUGUGAGAAGCACUGCCGCCGAUCUGCUUCUCGGCCACACGAACCUAGUCAUCGUCACCAACAGCCCAGUGUCGCGCGUUAUCAUGAAAGGCAAGAGAGCUGUUGGCGUUGAGGCCAACGGUCAGCAAUACCACGCAAGCAAGGAAAUAAUCAUCUCCGCCGGAUCCCUCGACACACCCAAGAUCCUGAUGCACUCAGGAAUCGGCCCAGCAGACCAGCUGUCGAAAUUCAACAUCCCCGUAAUCCACGACUCCCCAGCCGUCGGCCAAGGCCUCCGUGACCACAUCUUCGCCCCAGUAAUCGUAACACGGAACCCAGCAACCAACGACCGCAAUGCCUUCUUCAAAGACACCGGCGCCAUGUCCGCAGCGACAACCCAAUGGCAAAAAGACAAUACAGGCCCCUGGGCACGCUACAACUGCCAAAUCUGCAUCGGUUGGCUCAAAUCCGACAAUCUAACAUCCCUUCCAGAGUUCAAAGCUCUCCCGCCAUCAGUCCAGGAGUUCAUGAACCGCGAGACAAUUCCACAUUACGAGAUGAUCAAUUUCCCAAUCCACAACGCCUACCCAGACAUGUUCCAAGACUACAGCUACCUCUGUCUAGCAGUGAUGAUGAUGAACGAACAAUCCAUCGGCGAAGUCCGUCUCCAAUCAUCCAACCCGUCAGAGCCGCUCCUCUUCGACCCGAAGUUCCUGGAACAUCCCUUCGACCGAAAAGCUAGUAUAGUGAUCUACAAACACCUAAUGGAAGUAGUGAAUCACCCCUCGUUCGCAAAAGAUACCGUUUCGACAAUGCUAGGCGCUGCGUCGGAUUCGGAUGAGGACAUCCUCGAGUUCUGGCGGAAUAAUAUCUCUUCGACGUGGCACAUGACUGGAACUGCGAAGAUGGGCAAGGUCGGGGAUGCUGAUGCGGUCGUCGAUCAUCGGUUUAGGGUUAUUGGGGUUGACGGGUUGAGAGUGGCGGAUAUGAGCUGUGUGCCUGUUUUGACAAAUAAUCAUACGCAGGCUACGGCUUAUGUGACUGGGGCCACGGCUGCGGAUGUGUUGUUGGAGGAGUAUGGCCUUGCUGAGAUUACCAAGUAG